CCUUAUCUGCUUGUCGUUCGAUUUGAUCAGAAGGGACAAAAACAAUUGACGUGAUCCUGGCGUAAUCCGACGGCGCGGCAGCGAUUGGUGAUGUGGUGCUGGUGAGGGUUCCUCCCUGGGAACCAGCACGCGUUUCUUCUUCUUCUUCUUCUUCAACGGUUUUCUUCAAGUAGUUUGACGAUUACUCUACGUGCCUCCAGUGUGUGGGGGAGCUUUUAAGAGGGAGUUUGUGUGUGUGCGUGUGUGUGUGUGUGUGUGUGUGUGUGUGUGUGUGUGUGUGUGUGUGUGUGUGUGUGUGUGUGUGUGUUUGUGUGUGAGGAGGUGGGGGAGGAUGCCUCGUGAGGCAAUCAUGCGUGUGAUUAACCAGACUAUGGUUUCUUUCGCGAUGGCGAGCAGACCAUCCAGGCAGGUGAUGGAUAUGGCUGCCAGGUCAUCCCGUAGCGUUUCUUCGUUGUACAGGGUAAUGCCGAUGAGUUGGGACCUCCGCCUUCCUCUCUCCACGGGAAGGCUGGUUCAUCAUCAUGCCGCCAUCGCCAGCAGCAGCAGUAGCAGGAAGGGCAGCAGAACCUGCGCCGGUAGUCCGGCGUGGCACAGGGAAUUGGGGUCGCGACAAGCGCGGUACGUCAGUACGGCGACCGGAUCUCAGCCGGGGGCAAGUGGCAGGGUGCGAGCAGGCUUUUCGAAAUGCCAAUCCUCGUCGUCAUCGGAUCCACAAAGCCAUUCAAGAUGCGACACGUGGAACGCGGCCGAUCCGAUGGCGCGAUUCCGGGGGCGGCUGCUGACGUGGCGAAGCAUAGGAGGUGGAGAGAAAAACGCGCGCGCACGCAACGAGUGGAGAGGGCGGGGGAAUUGGAGGGAGCCGCGAUGUGAAGUAGGGGGGGGAGGAGGAGGAGCAAGGAGAUGGGGGGGGCGGGGGGGCGGGGGAGAGGACGUGACGCCCCGACGCGCCGAUGCACUGGAACAGGGGACAUUCGCAGGGAAGCCGUUGGAGAUGGCAAUUGUCGACGGGACACGAGGCACGACCAGGAAUGAUCGGGAGACUGACCGGAGGAAUGUUCGGUGGAAUGUUCGGGGGAGUAAUCGGGGCUCUCUUCCUUCUCGUAUUGUGCGUGCUCAAGGAAUUUGUGACUUUGGCGAUGACUCGCCGAUGUACAGUGUACCGAAAGCAGGGCUGAUGCCCUGGAAUGCAUGCAAAUGUCGUGGAUUCGCUUCAAGUCAUGACAAUCUGUGUACAGCUGGCGGCCACGUACGUGAUGAAGAUGAGAGAGAGGAUGGGCAAGUUAGGCCGGGACGGGAGUGUUGGGGCCCGAUGGAGGCGCCAGAGCUGAAUGUCCUGCUGGCAGGAUGCGUGGAGAGGGCACCCGCGAUCCCGAUCAACGGGUCGGAUGUCACCAUUUUGUCGGAGCCAGGAGAAUUUUUCGAGGCUUUGAAGGAAGGAGUGAAGAGAGCGAAGAGAAGAAUCUUGAUUGCCUCGCUGUAUAUCGGGACUGGAGAUCUAGAGAAAGAACUGGGGUUUGAAGACCAUCUGAAGAAGUCUAUCACGGUUGUGGAAGUUGUGGCAGCCGGUUCAGAGGCCUCCAAACUGAUUACUCAAGGGCGACAGGCUCUAGACCAGUUUGCUUUGAAGCAACUGGAAGAGAUCAUGGAAGCUACUCGCAAGGGGGAAGUAAAAACAGAAAUAAGUGAAGAAUCGAUUGAUUCCAAUAUCCAGCAUCUAAGAGAGGCCUUGGCUGCGGAAGAAAGAAAGAAAGAAGAAGUAUCUCGAAGAAGAGAACAGGAACAACGAAGAGAACAAAGAGUUAAAGAGAUCAGGCAAGUAAUAGGAAUAGAAGUCAGUGAGCAGGCUGACAUGUCACAAACGUUGGCUCAUAUUGUGACAUAUCUUACCUUUUUAGAAGAGAAGAUUGAUAGACAGCAGAAUCAGUUGGAUGAAAUCGCUGUUGGAUUGAGAACAAUUGCUAAUAUUGUGAAAGGUAAGAAUCAGAUUCAGGGAGGAGAAGAACAAGAAGAGAAGAAGGAGAAGAAAGAAGUAAAAAAAUUGAUGGGGGACGCAAUAAAGUCUGCUGGUCCUGUGAUAAAGACAAAUGGAAAUGGAAAUGGAUCCAAUGGAAAUGGAUCAAGUCCAUCAUGUACUCCUCACUCUUCUCAUUCUUCUAAGUCUACUCCUAAAGAAACCCCAGAAAAGAUAAGCGCUGAACCCGAAAAACCGAAAAAGAAAGAAAUAGUGAAGAUGAAGUUGCCAUUUACGUUUUGCAACAAGAAAGAAGAAAGUCUGUUGCUAUGGAUUGCAGAAAUCCAGACGUAUGUGAGUACCGCACCGGUCGAGCCGGAGUCCCAAGUCGCGUUCACCACUUCUUGCAUGGGUGGUGAGGCCAAGCAAUGGGUGUUGGCYGARRCCAAUGCGGCGGGUUUCGAAGAUAUCGGUGAGUGGGCAAAGACACUGACGCUGAAACAAUUCUUGGCGAAAACCAGGGACCGUUUCCUCGACAAGACGACGGCCGACAAGGCCUUUGACCAGUUGACGUCAAUUGGUCAAAAGCAUUGGACGUCAGUUGAGGCUUUGUCCCGAGAAGUUGACCGAUUGUUGCAAGUUCCAGGAUUGAACCUGCAGGACUGCCAAGUAUUGUACAUCUAUUCCCGCGCGUUGCCUGAGCCCAUCCGGGGACACUUAGUCACUGAAGCGAAAUCCGGUAAGUACAACUACAGGCAAUUUCGUGACCUUGCCCUGCAGAGGGAACAGAUGACUUCUCAAGUCAAGAAUUCCUAUGCAGCGGUAGUUAAAUCUGGAGGAAGACAGUACAAUGGGAAACGAGUUCUCUGGCGACAGAAGCGCCAGGAUCACACCCUUGUCGUCUUUGAUGACGACACAGUGGAAAAGUGGCCAAACGAGGAGAAUGAUAACAACAGUGACUCCGGGAAGGGGGAAGUCACUGCUGUUGUGGCCAAUAAGGGAGGACCACCCAGGACAGGAGGGAAGAAACAAAGAGCGUUUCCAUGGCACCCUGGCAUUGCUGAUGGGAAGCCAUGGGUCGAAAUGGCCGUCAUGGACCAGAGGUCCGGAGAAACAAACGAGGCUUAUCAGGCUCGGAUGCUGGCCUGGAGUACCGAAACCAAGAGACGGGCGGAUGACGCAGCAACAGCAGCGAAGAAGAAGGCAGAGGACGCCGAUCAGGCACGUCUGUUGGCACUUGAACACCAGCGCCAGCACGACGAGGCAGCAGCAAAGGCUGCUGAUGAAGAACGAGUUCAACGGCGGGAGAAGAUAUUUAGCGGAGAGCAAACUGUGCUCACAAUGGCAGCAGAAUGGCGGACCGAGGGCGAGAAUGGCAAGAUGGAGGAUAGCGAAAAUAAGAUCGCUCUACUCCUCUCCCAUCUCACAGACCUCCUGGCGACAUGCAUUACACAGCAGGAGGACACCCAUAGCCUCGACGACGCGCUGACUCAAGUCCACGGCCGCCUCCGGCAGCUGGAGCAGCGACCUGUCGCCGCCCCCGAUGCAAGCUCUUCCAACACCUCCAAUCGCCUUGAAGCAUUGGAGAUGGAUGUCGGCUCCCUCAAGGACGGCGUGCAGUUACAGCAGACCGCGACACAAUACAUGGCGGUCAUCACAUCUGACCAAUGGCAGGCCAUGCUGGAUGCAGCAGACGAGAGCCAGAAACCGUUCUUUCAAAAGUUGUAUGAUGAUGUCGUGCAGAGGGAAAGGGAGGCGGAGGCAGCAGCUAGAGUUGAGAGUAUAGCUGCUCAGGAGGCCCUCCUACAGGUCCCGGAAGCCAAUGCUGACCGGUUCCAGGAGAGGCUAGCUGCUGCCAUCGCAGCCUUGGUCCGACUGCGGAACUUGGAAGAUCUUGAGUCCCGUAUGACAGCACUUGAGCAGCGGAACCAAGAGCUGCAGGCUAAGGUAGUUAGCCUUGAACAGGCCCAACUGUCUGCCCCCCGCCCUCCUAACCCUCGGUCUGCUGUAGUCCCGGUCUCUCAAUCAAACACAGCCCUCAUAGUUAGAUCAAGUGGAACCACGGCAAGCGCAGGAUCCGGUGCCAGCUCCUCGAGCGGUAGCGCCGACAGUUCUGCGCUGGUCGCGGCCCCAAAUGCAGGAACUUCAGCCCAAAAUGCCACAGUCCUUACUGGCGUUCAGUACAGCGGUCCCAUGGUGUACAAGCGGGCGGCCACGCUGUCGUCCAAGUACGACGGGAAGGUUGACAUCACCUCUUGGAUUAGUUCAAUGCGGUCGUACUUCGAGGUCAUGCGGACACCGCAAGAGGACCGAAUCAUGGGAGUGGCCCCUAAAGAAUACCUCUCCUUGCUAGCACUCAAAGACCAUGCUACCUGGCGAAAGCUCAUGAAGGAUCUAGUCAACCUAGAGGCCAAGGACCUCGCCAGGCGCAAGAAGGCGCCCGCUGCAGGUGGGAAACCACAACUCAAGGGAAGCAGCAACCAGCUUGCACUGCAUGACCAUCGGGAGGCUGAGGAUCAGUCCUAUGCGGAUGAUCUGUCUCUGGAUGACGAUCUAGAGUCGGACUCCGAUGCGGGCUGUUCUGCAUCAGCCAUUGAGUGUGACCGAAACGACGAUGAAAAACUUAACGCAUUCAAGAAGACUGCUUCAAAUAAGGGUCCUAACCGUGGUUCGGGAUUGCUAUCGUCUUCAGGGAAACAGGCAAGGGGCGUAGAGGAGUCAUCAACAUUCUCUACAGCAAGGGAAGCUGGGCAGUCAGUUGCAGGCCCUUCCGAGAAGCGUGGAUCUGAUCAGCAGCGUGCUCUUGAAGCCCAAACUAAUGUUGAAUCUCAGGCUGUUGCAGUCCAAGUAUUGUACAUUGAGCCUUGGGAGGAGUCUAAAAAGGUCGACCUCCACGCCCACAUGAAGCAUUGGUUGCAGCUCAAGCAGCAACACCAUGUUCAAGGGAGUGUGGAGCUGAUUUUCUUUAAACUACUAAUUAACCGCCGAUACAUCCGUGUGCUGAUUGACAGUGGUUCGACCACUAAUUUCUUCUCUCCAAACGGGAUUCGUAAGGCGGGCCUGGGUAUGAAGCAAGUGGAACUGCAGAACCCUUGCCGGACUCAGGUGGGCAACCAAGAGGUUGUCACUUCUACUCAUGCUGUCAAAGGUGUGCGCAUCACCUUUGACAAAGAUCGCACUGUCACACAUGAGCUGAAUUUCUAUGUCCUGGACAAGCGUCCUUUCGACGCGGUCAUUGGCUUGGGCUGGCUAAAGGCUCAUUGCCUAAGGACCACGUGGGCAGACAACCAGUUCGUGGUACUUGAUGCCAAGGGGAACGAACGUACCGUCUUACUAGACGAGACGCGCGAGUCCCUUUUGACUCUUCUCAGUGCUAACAAAUUUUGCAGGUCAGUGCGCAGGCGCAAGGAAGCUGAGUUUGUACAUAUAGCUCUUGUAAAGCCUUUCCACGUGCCUUCUACUUUUGCUGCAUUUUCUACCUCUGAAGGUAGCUCUACCUCUACUACUACUAUUACUGUUCCUCCUACUUCUGCUGUAAAUGAUCAAUCUAGUUUGGAACCAAAUAUGGCGAAACCGGUUGUGAUUGCUGUAAAUUCUCAAUCUGAUUUUCUCUCUCCUGAUGAGGAUGAUCCUCCACCAGAAAUCCCAGCGAACAUUCGCCAUCUAUUAGAUCGAUUUCUUGAAGUGUUGGUUGAACCUCGCGGAGUUCCCGAGCGUCCAGUCAAGCACAAAAUCGAGAUAAUAGAAGGGAGUGUCCCUCCAAAGGGCUGCGUCUACCGUAUGGGACAAGGCGAGUUGGAGGAGCUGCGGAGACAAAUUGAUGACAUGAUUGAUCGUGGAUGGAUUAGGCCUAGCGAGUCUGAGUUCGGCGCACCUGUUUUGUUUGUGCCGAAGAAAGGAGGCAAACUCCGGAUGUGCAUUGAUUAUCGUGGUUUGAACCGAAUCACAAGGAAGAAUGCCUACACUUUGCCUCGUAUAGAUGAUCUGCUGGAUGCGGCCGGUGGAUGCAAAGUCUUCUCCAAGAUCGACCUCAAGUCUGGCUACCACCAGAUUGAAGUUGAUCCGAGCGACCAGCACAAAACUGCGUUCAAGACACGCGACGGGCUGUACGAAUUCAUCGUUAUGCCCUUCGGCCUUACGAACGCACCAGCCUUAUUUCAGUCCCUCAUGGACAAGGUACUCCGCCACCAACUUAACAGGUUUGUGGUUGUGUAUCUCGAUGACAUUCUGAUUUUUAGCAAGUCCAUGGAGGAGCACGUCAAGCAUCUCGAGGAGGUCUUGCAAGUCCUCAAAGAUGCUCAACUGCACCUCAACUUGGAGAAAUCUGAGUUUGGCAGGGACAUCGUCAUCUACCUUGGGCACCGGUUGUCUGCAAGCGGUCUUGAGGCGGAGGCAACCAAGGUUGAGGUCAUCCGCAACUGGCCUCAACCGGCGAAUGUACGCGAGCUGCGUUCUUUUCUUGGUUUGGCUUUUUACUACCGGAAGUUUGUGCCUAAGGUCUCUGUCAUUGCUCACUCACUCUCACGCCUGACUAGUAAGAAUGUUACCUAUGCAUGGUGUGAAAAGUGUGAGACUGCGUUCCAAGCCUUGAAAGAGGCUUUGGUGAGUCAUCCUGUGCUCCGCAUUGCGGAUCCCAACCUCACGUUCAUAGUCACUACGGACGCGAGCCAGUUUGGGAUUGGUGCAGUGCUGCAACAAGAUGAUGGCGAUGGCCGGCGUCCGCUUGAAUAUUAUAGCAAACGCAUGCCCAGCCACAAGGUUGACACGAUUGCUGCCGCAGUGCGCAGAAAUCCUGACCUGCGUGUCACUCUCCUGUUCGACGCACUGCGUGCCAUGCGUCCUGUUUCUGGGGACAUGUCCUCAAGUGCAGAUCUGUUGCGUUCCCGAUUACCGUUGAUGUCAUCAUCGCCAUCGACUCCAACAUCGUCAUCAUCAUUGGGGCUGUCAUCGUCAUUUUCACCAGCGGCCUCAGCAGGGGAAGAAGGGACAACAUCAUCAUUAUCAACAGCAGCAGCAUCAGGACCACCAAAAGGAGCUGGAGCAGCAGCAUCAGGUGCAGAGGAACUACUCGUAAAUCAAAGAUCGCCCAACAAUGGCAAACUGGAAGAGGAAGGAGGAGAAAGGGAAAGCGAAGAAAAUGUGCUGGUGGAAGAGGAGAGCUGCUGUGGAGGUGUAAGAGUUGCUUUGUACCAUACACCAAUGCUCAGAGGGCCCCUCAAAACGAUCUUACCAGCUAGGUGGAAUGAAGUGGUUGGCGUUCAGCAUAUCAAGGCUUACGUCUUUGAUGACGAUGUCCUUAUCAGUGGGGCUAACUUAAGCAAAGCUUAUUUCACCAAUCGUCAGGAUCGGUACAUACUUGCACGACGAUCUCCUGGUUUUGGCGACUAUCUGGCUCGGCUUGUCGAGGUCAUAGCUGCGUAUUCUUACACAUUGACGUCUUCAGCUGUGUGCUUCAGUCAGCUUGGCCCAUGCCCAGCAGGCGUUGACCCUCUCAAGGAGCCGGAUCGCUUCAAGAAGUCGAUGGCUGCGGAUGUGGCAAGUGUCAUUGCUGUCCCUGAUCCUUUUUCUUGUUUUUCCUCUUCUUUGCCUUCUUCCACUGCUGCUUGCCCAUCGACCCGGAGGUCUGGGUUCUUCUUCGAUCAUCAGCAGCAAACACCCGGGAAAGACGAUGGGGCCCCUGGCUCUGAGAAGUCGAUGAAAGCCGCUGUGCUUCAAGUGGACGAUCAGGUGGCUGACACGUGGAUUGUACCGACGGUUCAGAUGGGGCCUUUUGGGAUCAGGCAGGAUGAGGAAAUGUUUUUGUGGGUAGUCAGCCGCCUGCCACAUUCCUCACAUGUGCUCUUUGCGACCUCUUACUUCAAUUUAACGCAAGCGUAUGAGGAUGCAUUGCUGGCUGCUGCAAUGACUGCAGAUGUCGAGGUCGACUUACUCACUGCAUCACCACGGGUAAGUUACUUGUUUUCAAACUUUUUCUGUAUUUCCCUUCUUUGAACUUUUGGGGAGCGAGCGAGAGAGAGAGAGAGAGAGAGAGAGAGAGAGAGAGAGAGCAAAGGAUCCCUUUCACACAUAUCAGAGGGCCUCUGCAGGUAAUCUGAAGGGUCCUCGCAGCAAAUUAGCGUGGACCCACCACCAAAAUUGAGGCAGGCAAUGAGUAUGAAGUGGAGCAGGAGCUGGGAGACUUUGCGAUUCCUAAAAUCA